UAUCUUUUGCAUCGUUAAAAAUUAAUCACACUUUCAUAACCGUUGAUAAUUAAUUUUUAAUUAACGAUUGGUAAUAAGUAUAUUGUGGCCGAAACGAAAUCGAUGAUAUCUGUUAGCACUGUUUUAACCGUAAACAGUUCGGCCUUCGAGACGGGCAAUAUUUUGUUGUUAACGUUUACAAUCAACAUUUUCGAAUUUUCUUUUUUGUUUUUAUUUUAAUUUUUAUUAUGCGAGGAUCAUUUUAUGUUUUAUUUCACGAUGGAAAGUGUGACUCGAAUCGUUUUAUAGCAGAGUAGCUCAUGUUCGUGUCCUGUUGGCGUCUGAUAAUACUGGUGAAUAAAUAAAUAUGGAAAAACCCCUGGAGCUAAACGGUGUCGCAGAUCCGGCGAACGGAUUGGAUGAGGCAGCGAACAUUGCGGAAGAAUGCGCUAUAAAGAUUUCAAGCGUUAUAAGCGAAGACAUCAUUCAAUUAGACUCAGAUGACAAUGAUGCAGAACAGCCCGAUCAGUCAAUGUCGAAACCUGACAACAAUCCUAUCGAUGAAACGACGGAUUUGAACCUGGCGAUGGAGGUCCAUGACGGAGACAUCGAGGCGAUUGACCUGUGCGAUUCUGGCGAUGAGACCACCAAGGCAAAACCGACACAGCAGUUCCUCAGAGUUGUAAAAAUGCCCUGUACAGUAGAGAAUGCUGACUUCGAUAAAAAUACAAACGACGAGGUAAUUAUAACUGGUGAUAAAGAAGAGGACAUAAAUCAGUCUGUAAUUGAAAAAGACAAAAACCGUUCUGAGACUAGUCAUGCAUCUGAAAAUAUAGCCAAUUCAAUAAAUAAUACCAAUAAAGAUUUAGAGGAGCAUCAGAUUGAAUGCAAAGUUGUAAGCGGGGGUCUUCGAGAUUGUUUACAAUGUGCCAGAUACACCUCUUGUCAUAUGAUGCUGAUGAUAUCUGGCCUCGAGUGCUACUUAUGCUCUGACAGUUGCCUCAAGGAAUACCGUAGGAUGGAAAAAUUGAGCAAGGAGCAGCUGUUAUCACCAGCACCAUUGAGCCAUGCCGACUUCACUGAUGUCGAGCAGGUAUGCAUGACUUGCGGUGCCAUCACGGGUGAAGGUGUACUCUCCUGGGAAGUCAUGGACUUCUGCAAUAAGGAAUGCUUAGCCAAGUACCAGGAGAACAUAUGUAGCAAGUGCUUAUUCUGUGAGAGUAAAGUAUCACCGGCAGCCAUGGGCAAAUACUGCGUGCGCUUCGGAAACGAGAUAAAACAGUUUUGCAAAGUGAGCUGCCUCGAUGUGUACAAGAAAAACAUUAAAACGUGCUGCUACUGUCAGGUGAAUGUAUCAAUCACGGAUGAAAAUUCCACAUUCACUGUCCAGCCUAGUUCAAAGGACUUUUGCUCUAAAGAAUGUGUGGAUAAGUUUGAGCUAGUCAUGAAUAAAUCCAAAUUCAAAUUAGUAGCGGCAGAAUGUGCAGUUUGUGCGAAGACAAAAAUUGUAAUGGUUGAAGUUCUUAUGGUUGAUAAAACUACUUUGUUGUGCAGUGAUUUAUGCAUGGCUGCAUAUAAGUUUGUAAACCAAAUAAAAAUAGGACAUUGCUAUAUGUGUAAAAAAUAUUUUGAUAAGGAGUUUAUCAAAGAAAUAGUUAUAUUUCAAGAAAAUAUACCAUAUAGGUUCUGCUCCAAUAAUUGUAUGAAUAUAAACAUUUUGUCUAAGAGAAAAAUUAUGUCUUGCGUGUGGUGUAAAGCGAAGAAGUAUAAUUUUGACAUGAUACAUCAAAAGAAGAAAGUUUCCCCGUUAAACAGUGACCAAAACAGCUCGCCAGUUUUUGUAAGCAUGUACAUCUGUUCUUUGAACUGCUUUACCCUCUACUGUGUAUCUUUGCAAGCAGGCACUGCAUCAAGUCAAAUGUGCACCCAGUGCAAGAAGAUCGACCUCCGCCUCUUCCAGCUCAGCAUGUCCGACGGGACAUUCAGGGACUUCUGCUCGUACGAUUGUGUCAAGGAGUUCACAAACCUGAGUAAGAAGGGGAAAAAAUUUCUAAAAGUCAACCCUCAUCCCACCAAUGCAGUCGACAAGCAGAAAAUGGGUCAAUUCAGUCGAAAAUCUACGACUCCAAGAAUUGUAGGUAUGCAGAAGGAUAACACGAAAAAGAUAGGACCGCCACCCCUGGUCAUAAAAACGAAUCAGGCGGGAUUAACUGUGAAAACCCCUGGCCUCGUCCAGGCAACAGCAGGGCAACUUAAGAACCAGAUUGUCAAUGUACUGGUCAAGCCUAGACCACCAAUCCCUAUCAAGAACAAAAUGACGCAAUCCCGCGUGAUCACGGUUACCAAGGGGGUUUCCUGUAGGCCAAAUAUUAAUCGGAGAGGGACUCAGACAGAUGACAAUGAUACAGAAAUAGAUCAUGACUGCUGUAUAUUAAGAGGCAUGGUACCAGUACCUGUUCCUAUAUAUGUGCCAGUGCCAAUGGCGAUGUACAGCAUUCCAGUUCCGACUGUCCUACCUGUUCCUAUUCCGGUACCCGUACCGAUAUUCAUUCCAACGACGAGAAAUAAUUCUAAACAGAUAUUCGAAGAUAUAAAGAGGAUACAGGAGAAGAUGCCAAGCGAUCCAUUUGAGGCGGAAAUUUUAAUGAUGGCCGAAAUGGUCGCUGGGGAGAAAAAGGAUGCUGAUGAUCCUGUCACACCGACCUUGCCGGACAACCAGGAGCCGAAUACCCAACAGCCGUCAAAUCCAGAGAGCAGCUUUAUUUCGGAUGAAGUGAUGGAGGGCAGCAACACCUUUGGCGACGACAUGCUUCAGAUGGCCCUGAAGAUGGCGUCCGAUCUCGAAGACACCCUGGAUAACUCACUGGAGAAUUCAGAGGAAAGGGGGAAAAAGAGGAGCAGCGACUCUCCCAAUGAGCCUUCCAAGAGGCGCCACAGUGGGGAUUAUGAAAAACCAGAUGCACAAAUGGCUCUCAAAUUUACACUCGGAGUCAAUGCUUGGACGCGUUUUGCCAGAAAUUGGAAUAAAGAGAUUGAACUGGGCAAAGAGGGUAAACAAGUAAAAACGGAUUUGUUAUCAAUGAUGCCAGAAGAACUCAACGCAUCACUUACGCUGUUCUUGAAGGAAGCUAGAAUGGCAAACGGAUCAGACUACUUACCAGAUGCCAAACUGUAUCUCAUGCUCGGAAUACAAUAUUACCUGUUUGAAAGCGGCCGAAUUGAUGAUAUAUUCUGCGAUUUGAGCUGCAUCACGUUUACAGACACGUUGAACGAAGAGGCAAAAAAAUUCCUCACGCUCUAUCCAAAACAGGAAAAUGUAAUUACGAGGGUGGAAGAGGAGCAUUUAUGGGAAGGCAGACAUUUAGGAGCACAUUCCCCCUACAGCCUUCUCACAGCACUUAUUUAUUUUAAUACAAAACACUUCAAUUUAAUGACUGUCGAAGAGCAUAUGCAGCUUUCUUUUUCACAAAUCUCUAUACACGAAAAGAGAUGUGCCAGCCCGACGCUAGUGCCUCAUUCGAGCAGAACGAGCGACGGCAAAAUCACCUAUCUUAGGUACACUCCAGCACAAUCAACUCUAGAUGCAAACCCGAAGAAGAAAAGAGUUUAUGAACAGUAUGAAAAUAAGAAUAACCCAGGGAGGUGUCCAGUUAUGCUUUAUAAUUUCUACUUGUCAAGAUGCCCUGAAAGUAUGAAAAAGAGAAACAAUGUAUUUUACCUACAACCUGAGUGGGCUGGCGUAGCUGAAAGCCCAUUCUGGUAUUCGGCCAACGCGCUUCCUGAGGAGACGUUGCAGAAGAUUCUAAACAGGUUCAAGAUGGUCAAAGAGAUCAACCAACCCAUGAAGGAAGAUUUUUUAUAAGGCUUUUUUUCUUAACCGACUGUACAUAAGUUGUAUAAAAAAACACGGAUUAACUAUUUUAUUCUCUUUUUUUAAACAUUCAUUACAUGUAGAUGCUAUCUGUUUCUGAUUUUCAGAAAAACCUGCUAAGAAGUUAUGUUAGAUUGAAAUAUAAAACAUACCUUAUUUACACAAUUUAAUUUUUAGCUAAUGUUUAAAAAUUAUUUUUCAAUAAUUCUUCGUUUUUAAAAAGUGCAAUAAAGUUGUUGUACAAUUUGG